GGCAAAAAAAAAGAAUUCACAUUUCAUUGAAGGAGAGAAGAAGAAGAAGAUGGCGUUGCAGAGAUCAACGGCGUCGUUUAGGAGACAAGGAUCUUCAGGACUCAUAUGGAAGGACAGGUUCUUCAGCGGGGAGAUUCGUAACGACGUCGAAAGACAAGAAGACCGGUGCAACGAUCAAUAUCGUGACGGAUCAAUGGCGGCUACGGCUGCAACGUUGCAACGCAGCGCAUCGGACGGAGGAGGAUGUGGGCAUGGUGGAAGAUUGGGUGAGAUAUCUCCGGCGUUGGAUCCACCUUCUCCUAAGAUAUCUUCCGUUGGUUGUGGCUUUUGUUCUUUGUUUUCGUCUAACAGCAGGAGAAGAAGAGGCAGAGGAAGGAGAAGAUCAACAAGCGUUGGAAGUGCAUGAUAAUUAAUUAAUAUUCAUUAUUAAGUUGUAAUUAAUUUAACAUUAAUUUUACAACAUUUGGAUGAUGGGAUUCAUAUAUAGGAUUUGAUUAUUAUAUGUCAAAACAAAUUUCGAAACCUUGAUGGUCGUCAAAGCGAAGGAU